UCAACUACCACUGACAUCAACACUUUACAUUGAACAGAAUAGCAAUUUAGCGCCUAUAAUUCAUUUAAGUUCUGCAAAUAAUGAGGAUUAUCAAUUAAAGGAGGUGAAUCAAAAUAUGCCGAAGAAUCAGGAGACGUCUGUAGGAACACUCCAACUGGAUCAUGAUAUUGAAGUAUUACAGCCAUCAACAUCUCUUGGACCAUAUGAACCCCCUAGUAUAAUAAAUAAAAAUUACGAAAUGGAGACCUCGAUUAAGAAUGAAGAAGUUUUCGAUAUAGAACAGACUCAUUGCAGAUCUCAGGAAACGGAUAACACGGAAGCGAUUGACUAUAUGUCAGAACCACAAAUAGAAAUCAAGCAGCAAAGUGAGGAAAGCGUUGACGUCAAAUUCCAAGAAUCUACAGUAUAUGAUGUUAAAUCACAUAAUGCUGUCCCACAAAUUUUGGGAUUUUCUUCAGAUCUCUACUGAAGGUUCAGAGUCGAGCCAAGUUGACAGCAGUAUUGCCGUUUCGACCAAAACGCACGACGAAGGAAAUGUACAUUCACAGAUGCAAUCUAAAGAAGAUAUAGACACUGACACUCAAAUAGAAUCAGGUUUACCGACUAUACUCUCUCCCGCUGAUUCUAGAAACAAACGACAUUCAAAAAUACCAAUUAGAACAUUAAGUUAUAUUGAUAGUAAAGAUGAUCCCCAUUUGCCCAAAAAGGAAUUUGUUGAAAGUAGUGAGACGAAUUCUACUCAACAAUCACAGUGCACAACUAGUUUGCAGGUCGAAGAAGUGUUUUCGAAAGACUAUGUAAUGACUAGUACCAAUGAGUUCGAAGAGGUUUUUGUAGAUGCAACAGAUUUCAGCAAUGACGAGCUACAAUUAGGAGUCGAAUCCCCCCACAGAUUCGGAAACAUUUCCCCAGUCAUCUAUCGAAAAGUCUACAAGUAAAAUAUCACUAAGCAUUGAAUCGAAUAAUAUUGAAUCAGAAAAAUUAAUGCGUAAAGAGUUUAUACCAUCCGGGGAUCCAGCAAAACAAAAUUUAAGUGAAUUAGUUGAAGACACACAGCGUCUAAUAAAGCAAAUGCGAGAUGAAAUCAGUAUCAAUGAUUUUGAGUCAACAGAUGAGGAAGAAUGCUCCGAAUAUUCUGAUGAAUAUGAUGACGAGGAGGAGGAAGACGAAUGGUACAGAAGUGAGGAUGAAGAAGAGGAGCACGGGCCAAUAAUCGAAGAUGCUUCUAGUGGUUCCGAAAUCGAGGAUAUUCUAGAAGAAAGUGAAGGUUCUUAUAAAGACGAAUAUGGUGAUGAAAAUGUCAAUCAAAACAGAGUAGAGCUUGAAACUAUCACAACAACAUCAUCAGUCACUGCCACAAAUCAUAAAGUCAUUGAAGAAAAUAAUGAAACUUUAACUGUUUCCCUUGCAGCUAUCU